AUAGCUCCUUCCAGUAGCGAAAUCCUUGAGAAGUCAGCGAUGCAAAAGAACGUAGCGCCUAGUGUUACCGUUGGGGCGCGCUGCUACAUUCCGGACGACGACGCAGCGUGGCUCCCUGUGUACGUCGAGGAAGUGAACGAGGCAAAGAGUCUCGUGAUGGUCCGGAUCCAGCGUCCUCGUAAAGAUCAACAGAACGAGGACGCCGCUGAUCAUGACGACACUGACAGGACCGGAGAGAGUCGAGUCGUGGCUAUGGACGUGGGGUUCCCCCUACAGAACGCACAGCUUUCGCGUUACGACGAAGGCUUGGACAACAUGAUCGAUCUGAACCAUCUACACGAAGCUGCAAUUCUACGGAACUUAAAAAAGCGUUUCCGAGCUCGAAUGCCAUACACGUAUACAGGAGAUAUCUGUCUCGCUGUAAAUCCGUACCAGUGGUUAGAUGCGCUGUAUACCCCUGGCCUUCACAAGAAAUAUCUACAGGCUCGCAAGCGACAAGAUCUGCCACCCCACGUAUACGCAGUGUCCGUAGCGGCUUUCAGACAUAUGUGCGAUAGUGGCAGCAACCAAAGUAUCCUCGUGAGCGGAGAAUCCGGCGCUGGAAAGACCGAGACUACCAAAAUCCUAAUGGACAAUCUGGCUACUAUUGCAUCGGCACCUACCGCCACUGCUAGCGACCAGGAACACAGUAUUACGACACGAAUUAUUCAAGUGAACCCAUUGCUCGAGAGUUUCGGGAACGCGAAGACGACGCGCAAUGACAACUCGAGUCGGUUUGGCAAGUUCACGCAGCUGCAGUUCGACAAGAACCACGCACUUUGCGGAGCUCAAUGCGAGACGUAUCUCCUCGAGAAGACUCGCGUUAUCUCCCAUGAACGUGGUGAGCGCAACUACCACAUUUUCUAUCAACUUCUUCACGGUACAACGGACGAAGAACGAGACGCAUUGGGCCUUGGAGACGAAGCUCCAAGGUUCUCGUACCUUGAGGAAAAGGAGCCUCAACAAGAGAACCGUCCAGGACGGAAGCCAAAGCUCAGUCAGCCGCCACCACCAAGACCCGCAGCUGUGAUUGAAGCCGAGAACGCCAAGGACCGAGCUCUGUUCUCCAAGACACGCCAGGCUCUGUCGUUGCUCGGCCUUGCCCCUGAACAACAGAACGAUCUGUUCCAAGUCCUGUCGGGCAUUCUGCACCUUGGUGAGGCUCAAUUCGUCGCACAGCCCGAUAAUGACGAAGCUUGCGACUUGGACAAAGACUCAGUGGUCUAUUGCAGCACGCUACUAGGCUUGAACCCCGAAACAAUGGCCAAGGCGCUGACUCACCGUACGAUGAAGGCAGCUGGAGAAGUGUAUCUGGUCCCACUUACUGUCGAGCAAGCCACGGCCGGACGUGAUGCCCUAGCGAAGGCUAUCUACGCCAGUAUCUUCGACUGGUUAGUAGCUGGAAUCAACGCGAGUUUGGGCGCUGCCGCUCGACUCACUGCGAACACGAUCGGCGUCCUGGAUAUCUUUGGCUUUGAGAGCUUCGAGCACAAUUCCUUCGAGCAACUCUGCAUCAAUUACGCGAAUGAAAAGCUACAGCAAAAGUUCACACAAGACGUGUUCAAGGCAGUGCAGGAGGAGUACGAACGCGAGCAGAUCACGUGGGCGCACAUCGCGUACGCUGACAACAGCGAGACUCUGGCUCUCAUCGAAGGUCGCAUGGGUGUGUUAGCUCUAUUAAACGAGGAGAUUGUACGUCCUCGUGGCAAUGAAGAAGGCUUUGUGAGUAAGCUGUCGGGGGCGUAUCUGAAGCAGAAGACGCUGAUUGAGUUCCCACGCAUCUCCAAGACGCAGUUCGCGAUCCACCACUACGCGGGUACAGUCAAGUACGAAGCGAUGGGCUUUUUAGAGAAGCAUAAGGACGCUCUACUAUCGGAUUUGUCGGAUCUCAUGUGUGGCAGUCACGAAGCCUUCCCCCAGAUGCUGUUUAAGGUCCGAGCAGAGAUCGAAGCUGCAGCUGCUACAGAGUUAAAGCGCUCGAGUUCUGGACGGAAAACUGGAAUAGGAGGGGACAAGACGGUGGGGAUGCAGUUCAAGCAGUCGUUGAACUCGCUCAUGACCAACAUCAACGAGACAAACGUCAACUACAUUCGCUGUAUUAAGCCGAACAGCAGCAAGAGCUGUACAGCCUUAGAGGACAAGAUGGUGGCCAACCAACUACGUUGUGCCGGUGUCAUUGAAGCCGUGUGCAUCGCUCGUGUUGGGUACCCGAACCGUCUACUACACGCUGAGUUUGCCGAGCAGUUUGGCCUGUUUUUGAAGGAAAAGGAGCAGAACCAGCUCCAGGACGAGCCGGAGAAGUACGGUGCUCCUUUCUGCCGAGAUUUAGUGAAGCGGUUCAAGCUGGAGAUGCCUGAGGAGUAUCAGAUGGGUGCGACCAAGAUCUACCUGCAGAAAGGUGUGUUGGAGAAGCUGGAGCACGCCAAGGCGCAGAAACUCUUUGCCUAUGUGGCUCUCAUCCAGGCGCAGUGGCGUGGGAUGCGUGCGCGUUGUCAGUACUACGAGAUGCGCGACGCGUUGAUCGAGAUCCAGCGUCAGGCGAAGGUUUUCGUGGCGAGAUGUGGCUUCAUCCGAGCGAGACUGGCGAUUGCUUUGAUCCAACGCGUGUACCGUGGACACGUGGGACGCUGCGAGUUCCACGCGGUGCGGUGUGAACACUGCGCUCUCGAGAUCCAACGUGUGUGGCGUGGCCACCAGGGACGCAAGAUUCACUUGGCGGUUCUGUGUGAGGUUCGAGCCAAGCGGAUCCAGCGCAUGUGGCGUGGCCACAAGGGACGUGCGGUCUUCCACGCGGUGCUGUGUCAGACUCGAGCUGUGCGUCUGCAGUGCUUCACGCGGCAAUAUUUGGCUCGCCAGGAGCUGUACCGACGUCGUGCUGCGUACAUUGCUAAGCUCGAGAGAGAGGAGCGUGAGCGUGUGGAGCGGGAGCUGGAGGCAGCCAGACAACGCAAGCUAGCGGAGGAGCGUGAGAGACAGCGGAAGCUGCAGGAAGAGCUGGCCAGACUGGAAGAAGAGCGUCGACUGGAGGAGCAACGCAGGCUCGAGAUCCGUCGACAAGAGAGCGCGCUAGUCAUCCAGACGCACGUUCGUGGGUUCUUUGCUAGGUGCGUGUUUGCCGAUAUGGUGCAGGAAGCGGAGGAGGAAGAGCGACGUCGUCGAGAAGAGGAAGAAGAGCGAGAGCGACUCCGUUUGCAGCGCGAGCACGACGAGCGUGAAGCUCAACGUCUUGCAGCGGAGGAGGCAGCUCGAGAGAAGAAGAGACUGGCGGAGGAACGCAAGCGCAAGGCGAUCGCCAUGCGUCUGCGACGGGAGAAAGCGGUCACAGCCGUGCAGCGUCUGGUUCGUGGUCACUUGGGUAGGAAGCAGGUUGAACGGAUGAGGGAAGAGAUGCGACAGAAGCAGGAACAGGCUCGUAGAGAGGAGGAAGAGAUGCGACGGAGAGCGGAAGAAGAACGGAGAGAGGAGGAAGCAGCAGCGACGCGACUGCAGAGCAUCCAGCGCGGCCGCUUGACUCGUCAGCAGUUCUCCAAAAUCAGGAUCGAGAAGGCCGAGCGUGACGACGAGAUCGCUCGAGCUCGUAACGAACAGGAAGAAGAGGCCGCUCGUGCUCGUAAGGAACAAGAGGAGGAGAUCGCACGAGCGCGCAGGGAACAAGAGGAGGAGAUCGCACAAGCUCGCAGGGAACAAGAGGAGAUCGCUCGAGCACGUCAAGAACAGGAGGAAGAGAUCGCUCGGGCUCGUCAAGAACGGGACGACGAGAUCGCGCGUGUUCGGGACGAGAACAGAAGGCUGAAGCAGCAGUUGGCAGAGCUUCAGAAGGCCAACAGUGAGCUCGAGGCCGUGGUGGCCGAGUACCGAUGCGAGCGCGACGUGGUCAAGGCCUCCAACAGCCUCAAGGAGGUCGAGCUGACGCAGAAGCUGAACGUGCGACGCAAGGAAGUGGAGACUGCACGUGGCGAGUACUCGACCAUAUGCGACUUCCUGGAGAAGACUGGCAGUUCGCGUCGCGCCACGGAGCCGGAAGACCUCAACUCGUCCGACAACUCGUCCGACACUUCGUCAAACUAUGGGGAAGAGGAGAACGGCAACUGGAAAGAGGACCGACCUACCGUCAACGCGUUGGCUGCGUCCUACUAUGGCGAUGACCGACCGUCCACGGACAUUGCUAAGCUGCUCAGUAGCAGUCAAUCGCGGACGUCUCGACUAGCGAGCGCCAUGCAGCAGCGUCGUCAAAAAGCCAGCCAGGCGGUGCAGCAACGCAAGCAGCAAGCCACGGCCGCCAUGCAGCAGCGCAAGGAGUUGAAUGCCCAACGCAAGCAGUCGAAUCCUCAGUCCAUGCAGAGUGGCGCAACCACCGUCACGAAGGCCAAGAAGUGGGCUGCCUUCGCUCGCAACAAGAACGCCAAGAAGAGCAAAGCGGAGGCCAGCACUCCGAUCGAACCUAUCGGGUAA